GCCAGGCCCCUGCCUGGGUUGCAGCGGAGCCUGGAGCCAUGAGGGUGGCGCUGGGCAUGCUCUGGCUUCUGGCCCUCAGGCCCCCACCCCAGGCCUGGAGCUCCUGUCCGCCUCGGUGCAGCUGCAGCCUCCAGGUCCUGGGCGAUGGCAGCAUGGCCAGGACGGUGGUGUGCAACGACCCGGACAUGACCCUGCCCCCCGCCGCCUUGCCGCCCGACACCUGCCGGCUGCGCCUGGAGCGCACGGCCAUCCGCCGGGUUCCCGCCGCCGCCUUCGUGGCGCUGCGCCGCCUGGAGCAGCUCUGGCUGCCCUACAACGCGCUGGGCCGGCUGGGCGCGCGGGCGCUGCGGGGCCUGGGCCGCCUGCGGGAGCUGCGCCUGCCGGGCAACCGCCUGGCCGCCUUCCCCUGGGCCUCGCUCGGGGACGCGCCGCGGCUGCGGCUGCUGGACCUGCAGGCCAACCGGCUCGCCGCUGUGCCGCCUGGCGCCGCGCGCUUCCUGCGCGACCUCACCUUCCUGGACCUCUCCAGCAACCGGCUGCUGCGGCUCCCGCCCGCGCUCCUGGCCGCCUGGGCUCCCCUGCCCGCCGCGCCCUCCCACCCGGGCCGACCGGGGCUGGUCCUCGGGCUGCAAGACAACCCCUGGGCGUGCGACUGCCGACUCCACGACCUGGUCCACUUCCUGGAAGGCGAGGCCCCACACCUGGCCUUCAUAGAGGCCGGGCUACGGUGUGCCGGUCCGGGCGACCUGGCCGGUGUGGCCUUCCGCCAGCUGCAGCUGAGCAGGUGCCAGGGACCCGAGCUGCGGCCAGGCGUGGCCAGCGUCAGGUCUCCCUUGGGCAGCACAGUGUUGCUCCGCUGUGGGGCCACUGGUGUCCCUGAGCCCCAGAUGAGCUGGAGGAGGAUCAGUGGGCGCCCCCUCAACGGCACAGUGCACCAGCAGGUCUCCAGGGAUGGCACCAGCUGGGCGCUGCUGGGCCUGCCCGCCGUGUCCCACCUCGACGCCGGGGACUACGUCUGCCAGGCCAGCAACUUCCUGGGCGCCUCCGAGACCCUCACCUCCCUGGUCGUCACCGAGCCCCAGGCUUCCACUGAGGGCAGCAGGAGCCCGGAGGCCCCAGGGGCAGGGACGGGCGAGGGGCCAGAAGCAGCUGCGUAUGACAGGCUGGUGGCCAGGCAUAUGCCCCCCACACCCUGGCCUGCAGGGCCCGGCAUGGAGGAGGGUGGGCCGACGGGACCCCAGGAGGCUCGGACAGUGACGGCGCUCAAGGUGGUGGGGGACACGCACCGGAGUGUGACGCUGGUGUGGAAGGCGCCCCGGGCCGGCAGCGUGGCCCUCAGUGUCCUGUACGCUGUCCUCGGGCAGCGGGCCAUGCGGCGGGUGGCUGUGCCGCCUGGGAGGACCAGGGUCACCCUCCGGGGGCUGGUGCCGGAGACCAAGUACGUGGCCUGUGUCUGCGCGCGGGGCCUGGCGCCCCGGAAGGAGCAGUGCGUUGUCUUCUCCCCCGACGAGGUGGCGGACGCCGAGGCCACGCAGCGGCUCAUCAACGCGGUUGUGGCCAGCGUGGCCGCGGUCAUCGCGCUGCCCCUCACGCUGCUGGUGGGCUGCGGGGCCCUCCGCAGGCGCUGCCGCCAGUGCCGUGCCGGGCGCUCCCCCGAGGCCGCCAGCACCUACCUCAGCCUGGAUGGGCUGAGCCUCAGCCUCGGCGAGGACUCAGGGGCGCGGCCCCAGCCCGGCGUUGGCGAGGCUGACGGGCUCCUGUCCGCCCGCUCCAGCUCCAGCCUGGACUCUGCGCCCGGGGCCGCCAGGCAGGGCGGGCGGGUGGACGAGUACUUCUGCUGAGGCUCCCCUGGUGCAGGCGCCCACACACCUGCUCCGACCUUCCCCCCACGUGCUCACCUGCUCCUCCACUACACACAACGACAAGAACUAACACCUAUUAAAGCACUUACUAUGUGCCAGGAAGUGUUCUAAGUGCUUUAUAUGCAUUAACUCAUUUAAUUCUUACAACAAUCUUUGCAGAAGACACCCCUGCAAUUCUCUCCCCAUCUUCCUGGAGCAGAAGCAGGGAAUGAAGUAACUUGCUGUGGGGACCCUCAUCAGAGGACAACAGCGGUUCAAGGCCAAGUUGUCACGCGCAGGUGCAAAGGCAGGACUCAGCGACGGUCCUGCAUGCACGGCGCAGGCGCCUCUGCAACCCGGUGCUGACGUCGCUGUUGGGCAAGAAGCCUUGUUGUCUGAGCUCGUGGAAAGGUGCUGCCAUCAGCAAUUGGCUGGCCGGGGUCUGUGCGGCUGCUCUGUGGGCUGCUUUGAAGAACUACUCUGUUUAAUGGCUCCUUGUCAGCAAUAAAGACCCUCCUGUUCGCCCACGACUUCUCAUGUCUUCUCCGGCUAAGCCCCGGUCCAAGGGCCUGUGCCCCGCACGCCUGUGCGGCCCUUUUCGCUGCACAUGAAUGAAGCCGCAGCACAGGCCCCAAGCAGCGCACUUACGUUUGCACAGCCCACAGGUCUGGGAGGGGCAGGUGGCUCUGCCCCGUGUGUCUUAUUUGGGGCCCAACAUGGAGAGCCGGUGGCCACCUGGGGCAGGCUCCUUUCCCGGGGGAGUCAGAUGACAUCAGAGGAAUGUGAUGCCUCUCAAACUCUUGGCUUAGAACGAGCACACUGCCAUUCCUGCCCAUAUUCCAUCUGCCAAAGCCAGUGCCAUGGCCAAACCCAACUUACAGGGGUGGAGGACGUUCUCCCUUGGAAGUCAUGGUGGCGGCACUAUCGGCUGAGCCGUGAUCUCAUCUACUGCGUUGCCCACAACCCACAGGCGGGAUGUGGCCGCGCGGAAGUUGGCCUGGCAGUGGGUCCCAGAGUCGAGGCCUUCCCGCUGGCAUCUGUGCGGUGCGGUGGGGUGAUGCACAGAGGCCUCACACGCCUCCGUGUGCAGCAGCCACGUCUGGGCGGUCACACACAGACCCGCAGACACACCAGGCCUCACUGUGGACAUUGACAGAUUCUAACAUUUUUCCUCUGGGCGCCAUUCUGACUGGAGAGAAUAAUUUGAUUUUCAGUGAGUUCUAGAGAUUUGAAUGGUGUUCAUUUACUCACGAAUGUCAGUCUGGAGGGGCCGAGAGGGGCCCGUGUGCGGCCGUGUGCGCCCUGCUGUCUGCGCACAGCUCGCUCUGCCCGUGCAGCAGUGUCUGUGGUGCUUCCUAAACUUACCUUGGCUCCGGGGGGCAUCUCCAUGUCCCCAGUUGCUCAGGGGCCACUGGAAAGGAAGCCGCCUCAGCUCACUUAGCGCUGGGACCCUGAGGGCCUGAGUGCGGGCGUCCACAGAAAUUUCCGUGUGUCUCCUCUGCAGCACUGAGCUCCACCACAGGAGCAUCGGGGUGUUUGGUGCCAAAACCUUCAGGUAACAACACCUGAGAAGAUUUGGGACAGCAAGUGAUCCGCGGGAACUACCUGACUAACAUCACCUGCGAGACUCCACGUGUUGUUGAACACUCGCUUGAUAUAACCCGGUGUGAUGCUGGGAUUUCUAAGCUCAUUUCCUCUCACAUUUACAAAAGACCUUACAACAAAAGACCUUACAACAUGUUUUCCUGUUUUCUCUCCUUUGACCCUCACAGCAGUUUAUUAUAGAGGCUGGGCUACUUGACUGUAUAGAUGAGAACACUGGAGUCUGAGAGCGGAAUGACUUACAGGGGUUGUGGUGGGUUUUCUUGGAGGAUCCAAGUCUUUGAUGACUUUCUGGCCAGCUGAGGGUCUAUAUUCAGUGUGGAUCUCUGCAUUGCAAUCCACGGUAGGGUCACUACAUGGGUGGAUUUUUGGUGCCACUGGAACCCGGAGUCAGAACCAGGAGAGCAACGGUGCCCGUGAACACAGAAUGUCCAUACAUAGAAAACUUUUACCCAUUACCUAGGACUUAAAAGCAAGCUCUUCUUAGUAUGUUAGUAUUUAUCCAGCAUUGUACUUGUGUGUGUGUGUGUGUGUGUGUGUGUGUGUAUGAGAGAGAGAGAGAGAGAGUUCAAACUUGGUCAUCUGGACAAAAUAACCCCCAGAUGGUCAGCCCCAACCCCCGUAACCACCUUCCCCUUAUGUGUUCUGUCUUCUUUGAUUUGCUCUUACAGAGGAUACUCAGGCUGGAUUGUGCUCACGAAUAUUCAAGUCAUUGGAAAAAACAAAUUCCUGUUGUAAAAAAAAUAAAAUGAUGUCUUGUUUAUAUACUAGCCUUUGGUGUAUGAGUCUGGUUAGUCUGAGUCAGUUCCUGAAAACCUGAAGUUUUUUGAGUCCUGUGAAAAGCAGUUCUGGCCGCCCAUGCGGAGAGUCCACCCGCACAGGGUCCCAUAGCACACUGCCUUCUUCGGAGGGCUGGAAUCGUAGCCUCCCGUCAUGCCUUUUCUGAGUGGUGUGUGGCUAUGCUCUCCUUUGCCCAGGAGAAGCUGUUUCUCAUGUUACGUAUCUGUCAUUGCAGUCCAAGUUGAAGGGUAUGGAAGGCAAAUAAAAGAAAUUCUAUCCUGGAAGUAGAUGUGGGCUAUUAAAACUAGAUUUUCAGUCAAGGGACCCAGAGAGCAGUGUGUUUAGAGAACUAGAGCUGGGAAUUUUUUUUUAUUGAUGAGAGAGAAGAGAGAGAGAG